AGUUUGCGCAUUACGUCACCGGUCUUUGUCCAGCAGUAGCAGCGGCUAACGAUAGCAAAUUAAACGCUGAAUUGAGCAGGAUGGGACACAAACAGCAGAAGUGAAUUACAUGAGCACUCGUCAUAUAUGUACAUGUGAAGAUGUGUGAUAUGAGUUCAGCGCUCAUUGAAGAGGGCUGGUACCUCACAGAUGAAGGAAUCGAGGAGUGUAAAAGUUCUUCAGAGAAGGAAAAGACAUCACUUGCUCACAUCAUCCAAGCUGCACUAAAUAGCGAUCUGAGACCCAUAGGAAAAACCUUCCUCCCUGCGGACAUCAACAGUGGCCGAAUUGACAAGUUGGAGGGUCCGUGCGUUCUUCAGGUGCAGAAGAUUCGUAAUGUCGCCGCUCCUAAAGAUCACGAGGAGUCGCAGGGGGCGCCCAGAAUGCUGCGUGUGCACAUGACGGACGGUCACACCAUCUGCACGGGCCUUGAGAUUAAACAUCUGUCCAAAAUCAGUCUGAACACGCCACCUGGAACCAAAGUGAAACUCCUGGGAAACGUUCAGGUUAAGAACGGCAUCCUGCUAUUGGACGAUUCUAAAAUCGCUGUUCUCGGCGGCGAGGUGGAUCACAUGAUCGAGAAAUGGGAGUUGCAGAGGAGUCUCACCAAACACAGCCGAAGAAUCAUCUGUGCUGAGGGUGGACCACCUCCGUUUGUUCCCUUUGGACAGAAAUGUGCUUAUAAGGAGCAAGUGGAUAGCAGAGCUCUAGACCAGCGGAAAACCCUCCAGAACACCAAUGCCGUAAAAACUGCCGAAGACAACGAUGAGUUUGAGAAACAAAGAACCGCUGCUAUUGCCGAGGUCGCCAAGAGUAAAGAAACUCGGACAUUUGGCGGUGGAGGUAACGCAGGUGGAAACCUCACCAAUCCAAGCUCCACUUACAAGAGCCGAGACACUUAUCAGAGAAAAAGAGACGAAAAAGAGAAGCCGUGGAUGGAGAAAAAACCAGAGGGAGUUUAUAGAGACCUGGUUGACGAGCGAGCGUUGAAGGACAUUAUGGAGAUGGGGUUUAACCGAGAGGCUGCCCGACAGGCCCUGCUGGAUAACAAUAAUAACCUGGAGGUGGCCCUCAACUUCCUGCUCACUGGAACCAACCAGCCCAAGACGUCACAGUUGGAGCAGAGCCGCCUGCCACCUCGAGGUAAGGGUCGUGGACGGGGGCGUUCCAGACAGGAUGAGAAUGAGGAGGCUGGAGGAAGACCUUCAGGUCCGAGCACGCUGUUUGACUUCCUGGAGUCAAAAAUGGGAACAUUCUCUAUUGACGAUUCAAAGAGCCAGUCUUCACAACUAGACCAUCAAGCUAUGAGUUUCCCCAACACAGAUCAAUCUUUCAGAGACGCCCCCCAAACCAGGCACCCUCCCCGAAAUGAAGGGAGAUCACAGAGAAUUGACAGACCACCACGAUUUCAAAAAGACGGAGACUUCCCUAAACCAAACCCAGCAUCGUCUUCCGCUCUCUCAGUGCCGCAGAAAUGGAAAGACGGAGAGAGAACAGGAAGAGGAGGGUCAGACCGAUGGAAGAAUGACAGUCAAGAUGGUCAAAGCUCACAUUUAAACUCUUCCUCCUCAAACCCAUCCACAGAGCAUCAAUGUCUCUCUAGAAACUUCCAUCAGGGUUCAAAGGAACAUGGAGGAUCAAAGGGUUUCCAACUGGAAACUCAUAAUGGUAGCUGGAGAGAGCAAGAUGGCUUAGUGCGAUCCAAUUCUUCUUCGUUUAGGAAGAACCAGGAAAAUGGACCAUUGGGACCCAAAUCCUCAAAUUCUUCUGUUACAAGUUCAGAUUCAAAAGGUCGAUACGAACUCAUCAAUAAAAGGAAAGGCAAGUCAGAAAGACCCAAUUCUGGCCACUUUGAUCAUUCCCAAGAUGCAAUGGCUGGCACAAUUGUGAAAAAAGACUUUGCACAAGACCAGGCCGAAGGGGCGGGUCAGUUAAUCAAAGGGGGAAUAGUUUCAAACAUGCACCUCCCUAAUGGUGACUCAGAACACAGACGGAGCUGUCCAAUCAAACUGCAGUCUUCAGGUGCACCUCAGAAGCAAACCAACAUGCAUAACUCCGCCCAUAAGAAACGAUCAGGACCAAUCAAAGGCCCAAGAGCAUUUGAACCAGCAGACACGAACAGUCAUGUGAGCUGGAAAGCUGGUGACCAGUGUCUAGCGCUUUACUGGGAAGAUAAUAAGUUUUAUCGGGCGAGAGUCGACGCUGUGCACCCCUCUGGCUCUACGGCUGUGGUCGUGUUCAGUGACUACGGCAACUGUGAAGAGGUGCUACUUCAUAAUAUCAAACCUCUGCACAUGGAUGUGUGGGAUGAAGAGGAUGUUUACUAUGAAAAUUCGCUAGAAUUUCGAAGAGGAGGAGACGGGCAACCUCGUCGCUCUCGCCCGACACAACAAUAUUACCAACCGCCUAGAGCAAGGGACUGACACACACACACACACACACACACACACACACACAUACACACAAGUAGGUGAAUGCAUUUUCACAACCUUCCCAUUUGAUUUGAUUGGUACUCCUGGAAAAAAAAAACACAACUAGUAUUUCUUUGUUUUAGUGUUCAGCAUUAGAUCAUGGUUUGAAUUUGGGUGUUAGUCUUCAGCUAAUUAGCCCUUCUAGCAUCAUAUACUUUCUAUUGUGAACAAUAUAAAUGCAACACAAUGUUCUCUCCACCACCCCCUUGCAGGUUAUUAUCGUGAGACUUGAAAAUGACUCUAAUUGGACAAAAUAAUGUUUGGUUUGUUGUAACUUCCCAGAAGUAACAUUAUUAACAGCUGACUAUAUAGGAGUAGAAAUGCUAAUGGGGGUGAAACGCACAAUUGCAAAUCAAAAGAAAGAAAUACGAAAUUAUAUCUGGCCUAAAGAAAAUGAAGCUAAUUUUAGGCCAUUGGGAUCUUGUUACCAUAAUGUAAAAUUAAAAAAAAAAUUCUCAUUACUGUAAUGCAAAAAAUUAUGAGCAGUACAAUAAUUUUUACUGUUAUGGUAAUAAAAAUCACCAUUAAGUAUCAUGUAAAUUACGGUGGGGUACAACACCCAGAUGAUUUACAGUAAUUAAAAUUUGUGAAGGAAAAUGUGCUAAAUUUACAUAUAAAAUAAUUUCUAAAUGAAAAAUGGUCAUAAAAUAGACAAUUUUUUUUAAUGCAAAAUAUAAAUUUUUUUUUUUUGGGCUGAAAUGUGACCUGGACAUGUUUUUUGUGAGAUUCACCCUAAAGGUGCACACUAUAUAAUGAUGCAACAUUUUUUUAAAUAACCUUAUGGUAUUGUGGUGGCUACUUGCCUCAUUUAAUAUCUGUGCGACAUAAUUACUAUGCUUUUAUAUGCUCCGAGUUGAAUGGAAACAACAGAACCAUAACUGAUAAUUUUGUAUUUGUUCUCAAAGACGGUUUUUAAAUUCUAGGAACGAUAAUCUGAUCUCUGCUUUAAGAGAUAAAAGAGCAUAUCUGAAAACUAACUGAACUUUGCCUUCACAUGGGAGAUGGAUCUGUAAGGGCUUGCAGCACAAGUUGCAUCUGUGAAAUCUGGACUCUGUUUAACUUGUAAUGUAAACAGCUGCUGUACAUGGUGAAUAUUUGUAAAGGAUAAUAAUAAUAAUAAUUACAAACUCUCUUGUA